CAAGACUAAAGAGCUGUUACAUUUGGAAAAACACUGGCAUCACAACAAGCCUCCACAGAAGCACUUCCAACCACACAGGAAUUCUUGUGACAACUACGGGAACAAUCAGAGGAAGGAGAUACUAUGUCACACGUCUUUUUCCAUUCACGGGAAUCAGACGCUUCAAACUCACGCUGCUCAUCUGUUGUGGAGAAAGCGAUGAGAUGUGUUCUGGACAGGCAUGAGAAAAGACUCUAAGACUGACGCAGGACACAGACAAGAGGGACAGAAGGCAGCUGGAAGGUGAUGCUUCCAGAAAACGAUGUCAUCAGCAAGUUGCUUUUACUGGUCCUCCACAUCACAAUAAACAGUGCGUCACGUCCGUCAGCACCCUGGAAUGUCACCAUGGAGUCAGUUAAUAUGAGGCAUCUGCUCCGCUGGAGUCCCUCCAGGGCAUACUGCUACGAUCCACACUACUCCGUCCAGUUUCAGGGUGAGUGGGAGCUGCUUUUUAAGAAUGGGGCAUGGGAGGAGGCCAUGGAAUGCCAACAUACCCUGCGUCCCGAGUGUGACCUGACCUCUGACCUGGCCUCAGAUUCAGACUACAACAUCCGUGUGAGGGCAGAGUGCAAUGGGCAUAAUUCAGAGUGGACGACACUCAAUACUACUUUCAACAGGAGAAACACGAUUAUUGCCAUCAUCAUGGAUGUGGAGGUGACAGGAGAUGCUGUGCAUGUGUUUAUUAGUCCCAGGUCUCUGACCAUGACAGUCACACUGACCAUGUGGGAACAAGGAGAAGACUAUGAUACAACUAAGAAGGUGGUGGACGUUCAGCACCUCAGCCACACAUUCCCCGGCCUGAGGCAGGGGGCCACCUACUGCCUGCAGGCCAAAGCUGAAGUGGAGGGCAGCCACCAGACCACUAGCACUGGCAUCCAGUGUGUCUCCAUUCCCAGUCCCCAAUGGCCAUGGCAGAUCCCUGUAGUGGUUACCAGUGUUUUAGCGGUAACCAUAGCUCUGGCAUGUCUACUGGGCUGGGCAACCAAACACAGGAGGUUGGUGGUACAAAACACCUGCUUUCAUAAAGAGCCACUGCCAUCUGUCCUGGUCGACGUCUGGCCUGUCACCAUCCCCAUGUUAGUGGAACCACACGAGUCACUCGUGGGGACCAUUACUAUUCCUGCCCUCUCUGCCAAAAGCUGACCAAGAGCAGCUCUGGAGCUAAUGACCCUUUUGGGACUGUCCAAGACCUUCCAUGACUCUGACCUGCUGGACUUCAUAAAUAAUGUUGGAUGUACAGUAAUAUCCUGUGAAAAAAUGGACGAGAGAUGUAAAAACAAACUGUACAUUCCUGUGUAUGGAAUGUCCACACAUACCUGGCUGAGAACAUGAGCUGACACAUGUAUGCACGACUCUUCUCUGCAUCAAAGCCAGUUUGACUUGUACUUGAGGGAUGACUGUGAUAUAAUUGCUACUGUGGUAACUGAGACUUUGAUCCAUGAUGCACAUGAUCCACUAAUGGAGAUCUACUUGGAUAAUCUUUUUUUUUUUUGUAUUUCAUAGAAAAAAGGUCUGAUUUUGCCUUGUAGUUCCUAUUAUGUGAACAAAUAAGCACCUUAGUGAGACACAGACAGAGAGGAUUCAGAAUGUGUUAAAAGCAAAAUUCUUCCAGAUCUGGUCGGGGAGGCCCUUCUAAUAGUUAGUUCUUAAACUGGGGGUCGCCACAAAUUGGAAGGGGUCACGAAAUGAUUUGCAGUCAUGAUUAAAGACAUUUUUCUAAAGGUUUUUAGUGAAAGGCUGACA